AUGACUAUGAUAAGUGAAGAACACAAGAAGGAAAAGUUGGGGUUUGAGGAAACUGAGCUGCGUUUAGGAUUACCUGGCGGAGGAGGGAUUAUUAAUGGAGAUUUGGUGAAGAAUACUAAUGCAAAUGGUAAAAGAGGGUACACACAAACUGUGGAUUUGAAGCUCAAUCUUGCUCUGAAGGAGACUGAGAAAGGGGAAAAUUUGCAGAAAGAGAAGAAUCUUAUUUCUUGCUCUAAUGAUUCAGUCAAGCCCUCUCCCAAGGCACAGGUUGUGGGGUGGCCACCAGUUAGGUCGUUCCGGAAGAAUAUUGUGGCUGUUCAAAAGAGCAGCUCCGAGGAGGGAGGUGGUGGCGCCACCACCUUUGUAAAGGUUAGCAUGGAUGGUGCACCUUACCUUCGCAAAGUUGAUUUGAACAUGUACAAAAGCUACCAAGAUCUUUAUGGUGCCUUAGGCAAAAUGUUCAGCUCCUUUACCAUGGGUAAAUGUGAUUCUCAAGGAGUGAUGGAUUUCAUGAAUGAGAGCAAGCUUAUGGAUCUUUUGAAUGGUUCUGAUUUUGUUCCAACUUAUGAAGACAAAGAUGGUGAUUGGAUGCUUGUUGGGGAUGUCCCAUGGGAGAUGUUUGUUGGAUCAUGCAAGCGCCUCCGCAUAAUGAAAGGAACAGAGGCAAUAGGACUCGCUCCUAGAGCCAUGGAGAAAUGCAAGAACAGAAGCUAA